CAUGCGCCGGAUGGUUCGUAACGAAGGCGGCACACCGGAAAGCUACAACCAGAGCAACAACCGAGCGCUUAUCGAGCAACAACUGGGACCCUGUAAAUAUUUGCACAGUAACCUUUGGUGCAGGACUUCGCUACGUGUCUUUGACCCCACUCCCGCGGCGCGGCGCCCCCGACAAACCCGCUUUUCCCGCUGAAGCGGUGAAUUUGGCCUCGCCGCCGCGGCUAGCAGCAGCUAGCUCCAGCUAGCCCCAGCUAGCAGCAGCGGCCCAGCAGGACUGAGCUGCGGAGCAACAGCACCAACACAACCACAACAAGGAAUGAGUGAUGACCUCUGUGGUAGUGUCAGACGGAGGAGGGAACAUCGUGGAGUAUGUCACCGUGGUGGAGGAGUCCCAGCAGCCCGCUGAGGAAGACGAGCAGGAAGAAGUGGUCCAGCAGGAGGUAGAAGCUGUCAUCAUGGAGGAGGUGGAGGAGGAGGUGGAAGAGGUGGAGGAGGAGGUGGAGGAGGUGGAGGAGGCGGAGGGCGUGGUCCUGCAGGAGGAGGGCUGUCCCGCUGUGAUCGUGGAGGAGGUUCCCAGCGCCCAGGUGGACGAGUGCUACUCAGCCCAGGUGCUGGUGUACGAUGACGGAACCUACCUGAUGCAGGACGUGGCGGAGGAGCAGGAGGUCGUCACAGAGGUGGCCGAGACAGUGGAAAUGUCGGGUCAAGACAUGGUGUGUUUUGACAAAACGUUUGAGGCGGCUGAAGCUCUGCUGCACAUGGAGUCUCCUGGAGGACUGCACAACGAGCGCAACGCAGCAGAAGACGUGAUGAUGGAGACGGUGGUGGAAGUGUCUACAGAGUGUGGACCCAUGGAGGAGGAAACCUUCCCCAUCCCGCCCGACUGUGAGCCCGCGGCAAAGAAGAAGAGAGGUGGGCGUAAACCCAAGACACACCCGCCUGCUUCCAACGGCUCCUUUGACCUGGGGAUCAAGAAGAGGCCGCGGGAGGGGAAAGGAAACACCACCUACCUGUGGGAGUUCCUCCUGGAGCUGCUGCAGGAUAAAAACACCUGCCCCAGAUACAUCAAGUGGAUGCAGAGAGAGAAGGGAAUCUUCAAGCUGGUGGACUCCAAGGCCGUGUCCCGGCUGUGGGGGAAGCACAAGAACAAGCCCGACAUGAACUACGAGACCAUGGGCCGAGCCCUGAGGUAUUACUACCAGCGAGGCAUCCUGGCCAAAGUGGAGGGCCAGCGUCUGGCCUACCAGUUCAAGGACAUGCCCAAGAACAUCCGGGUGAUCGAUGACGACGAGGGCAGCGAGGAGGUGGAGGACGGGGAGGGCCUGGUGCCGGGCCAGCACCUGGUCCACCAGCAGGUCCCGAGCAGCCUGGGAACCAGCUCCCCCACCAGCACCCAGCCCCAGCAGACCUACGUCACCGUCAUCCCCAGCAACGCCGGCUCCAGACCUAUCCGAGCCAUGCCCGUGAUGAUGACCAACUCCCUGGGCCAGGUGACGCUGAACUCCUCGUCCAUCCUCACCACCACCACGGGGGUCCCGGUCACGCUAGCCAACGCCUCCACCAGCGCUCCCCCCAAGCUGGUGAUCCAGGCGCUGCCCACCAUGCUGCCGGCCGGCUCCAAGGCGGGGGAGAAGAUCACCAUCAUCACCAUCCCGGCCAACCAGCUGGCCACGCUCAUGCAGACUAACCAAACGGGCCACCUGACGCAGCUCAUCCAGGCCAAGGCCUUGGCCACGCAGCUACCGCAGGCCCCCAAGUCGCCCGCCGCCACCCAGACAGUCCACCUGUCAGCAGGACGAUCCCCGCACCUCAUCCUGGCCAAGCCGGCGGCGGUGGCCCAGGCCAUCCCGCAGCUCUCCGUUACAGUGUCUCCCAGCGUGUCCUCCCCGCCCCUGAAGCCCUGCGGCCAGCAGGAAACCCCGUCAGAGGAGGCGGUGCAGCCCCCGCUGCCCCCCAGCCCGGUGGAGCCCCCGGUGGAGCCGUCGUCCUCCUGAGAGCCCGGGGCUACGGGGGCUACCAGGGCUCGGGGAACAGGAAGUGACUGUAAUGGACACUGCUUAGGAAGUGCAAGGCCCAGCCCUGCCUCGCCAUUGGCUCAGACCGCCGGCGUGUCUCUGGUCUCCGGAGAGACGACCACGGAGCCGCUGAGGCCCCAGGGGGCCGCGGGGGCCGCGCAGCGCACACGCAGAUCCCCGGGAGCGGCCUUAGAGUGUACAUGGACGUGUUUUUGUAAUCCAACAUGAUAUAAAAAGCCUCACGAGACUUUGUUGUAAUCAGAAGUGUAAAAAGCAUUUUUUGAUACUCAGCGGAUGUGUACCAGUAAAGAUGUAGUUUGAAUCUCUUUGGUUCAAUGUUCAAUGCUUCGUCUGCAGCGCUCUCACUCCCUUAGACCGUAGACGAGACGUAGCCGCCGCCGUUCCCCACGGGGGCGACCGCAGGCCGACGAUUCGGUGGAUACAAUUUGGCCGUCCACUUUUUGUUGGUGAACAAGUCCACGUGAGUGCCGGAGAGGAUUAGGGCCAUGCAGGAGAAAAAUAUUUGAGUGGAAGAUUCUUUUUUGUUGUGCACUUCGAGAAAAAAGUCAAAAUGUCGAGAUUAAUGUUGAAGUACAAUUUCAAGAAUAAAGUCGAAAUUUCGUGAAUAAAGUCAAAAUUUGGCCUUUUUUCUCAACAUUUCAACAUAAUUCUCGACAUUUCCACUUUUUUCUCAAAGUGCUUAAUGAAAAAAAAAAAUCAUCCUCUUCUAAAAUAUUUUUAUUUAUCUGCCUGGCCCUAAUAUUCUUUCAUAACGUGAGUAACUGGCGGGUCUGAUCAGCUGAAAACACUAUGCAAGGCCAGCAGUGGUGGCACCAUGAUGCUGCAACACCACACUAAUGCAGGGCCUGGUCGAGCAGCUGGAGCUGCGACUCGUUAGAAUUUCAGAAUUUAUUAAAGGAUAGCCCCUUGAGAUGUAACAUCUCAUUUUCAAGGGGGUCCCAAAAGUUAGGGAGGUUUGCCCUCCUCUUGAACCAAAGGCCCAGCUGGCUCACCAGGACCGCAGCUUUCUGGUACUUGCACACUGGCUUCACUUGUCUACGAGAGAGUAUCAGGGCCAUGCAGGAGAAAAUAUUUGAGAGGGGAAGAUUGUUUUUAUUGUGCACUUGGAGAAAAAAGUCAAAAUGUCAAGAUUAAUGUUGAAAUACAAUUUCAAGAAUAAAGUUGAAAUUUUGACUUUUUUCCUCAAAAUUGUACUUAAACAUUAAUCUCGACAUUUUGACUUUUCUCGAAAUGCAUAAUGAAAAAAAAAUCUUCCUCUAAAACAUUAUUUUUCUCCUCCUGGCCCUGAUACUCUUCCGUACUUGUCAGAGGAAAAGGCUACGUCCGUCAGUCGCAGUCUACGGUUUUUACCCCCCCAGCACUGUCAUAUUCGCCAACAUUUGUCCUUUUUUAAUGUUCAUUAAAAGGGAGUAAAAGGAUGUGUACAUCCAGGUGAAUGAGCUGAAGUUGUGUGCCCCGCAUUCGAAGAAUAGUAUACUAUUUUUCUUGUACUAUCAUUGUAUUGAAGUAGAUUUUACUGAAAUAUGUAUUAUAUAAAAAACAGACAAUUGUGAA